GCAGCCGGAAGUGACGCGGCGGCCGCCCCGGGCGCGAUGGCGGCGGAGGAGGCGCGGCUGCUGGCUUGGCUGCACGGCCCGGCCGGGCCCGGCGGCCCCGAGCUCUCCGCAUACGUGGCCGAGCUGGCGGCGCUGGGGCUGGCGGAGCUGGGCCGAGAGCCGGCGCGGCUGGCGGCGGAGCGGGCGCGGGUGGGCGCGGAGACGCGGCGCUUGGCCUUCGAGCACUACCGGGCGUUCAUCCGCUCCGCCGAGUGCACCGGCAGCGCCGGCCGCGGCUUCGGCGGCAUCGAGAGCCGCCUGGGCAGCCUGCUGGAGCGUCUGCCCGCGCUGCAGGACGCCUGCCGGAACUUCAUGCGUGAUGCUGAGGAGAUUGCCUGCAGCCGGCGGAUGAACAGCCUGACACUGAACCGGCACACGGAGAUCCUGGAGAUCCUGGAGAUCCCGCAGCUCAUGGACACCUGCGUCCGCAAUGGUUACUAUGAGGAGGCGCUGGAGCUCGCUGCCUACGUGCGCCGGCUGGAGAAGAAGCACAGCAGCAUCCCCGUCAUCCAGAGCAUAGUGGACGAGGUGCGCCAGUCCGCCCAGCUGAUGCUGAACCAGCUUGUCCAGCAGCUCCGCACCAACGUGCAGCUGCCGGCCUGCCUGCGGAUCAUCAGCUACCUGCGCCGCAUGGACGUCUUCACAGAGGCCGAGCUGCGCAUCAAGUUCCUGCAGGCGCGGGACGCCUGGUUGCGCUCUAUCCAGGCUGCCAUCCCCGACGACGACCCCUACUUCCACAUCACCAAGACCAUCGAGGCCUGUCGCGUCCACCUCUUCGACAUUAUCACCCAGUACCGCGCCAUCUUCUCCGAUGAGGAGCCACUGGUGCCCGCCGAGGGGCAGGCCCUCAAUGAGGGGGCCAUCUUCCACGGAUGGGUGCUGCAGAAGGUCUCCGAGUUCCUGCGGACGCUGGAGCGCGAUCUCCAGCGCGGGGUGGGUGCCCGCCUGGACUCGCUGCUGGGGCAGUGCAUGUACUUCGGCCUCUCCUUCAGCAGAGUGGGGGCUGAUUUCCGCGGGCAGCUGGCCCCGCUCUUCCAGCGCAUGGCCGCUGCUGCUUUUGCAAAGGCAGUGGAGGAGACGGUGGAGAAAUUUCGGGAGGAGAUGAAUUCCUACACACUCAUCUCUGCCCCAGCUGUCCUGGGGAGCAGCGCAGCGGUGCCGGUGCCCGUGGCCCAGCCAGGGACGCUGCAGCCACCCAUGGUGCUGCUGAACUUCCCGCCCCUCGCCUGCUUCCUCAACGGCCUCCUCGUCGCCUUCAAUGACCUGCGGCUCUGCUGCCCCAUCGCCCUGGCCCAGGACGUCACUGCCUGCCUGGAGGAUGCACUCAGGGAGGUGACCAAAACCAUCCUGGCCUUUCACCGCGCAGAGGAGGCAGCAUUCAGCGGGCGGGAGCAGGAGCUCUUCGUCCAGUUCUGCACAGCCUUUCUGGAAGAUUUGCUGCCCUACCUCAACCGCUGCCUGCAGGUCCUCUUUCCCCCGGCACAGAUCGCUCAGGCACUGGGUGUCCCCCCCACCCAGCUGCAGCGCUUUGGCCGCCUGGGUUGCAUCGACGUGGCCGCCCUCCGGGAGCCACUGGCUUUUCUCCUGCCGCCACCGGGCGAUGAGGAGGAGGAACCGGCCCCGGAGAGCAGCACCCCACACCCGGAGGGAGAAGAGGAAGAAUAAAUUGCCGCCCCCUGCC